AUGGCAUCGAAGCCUGUUGUUUUGCAAAUCCGCCCUCGAGGAAAACCGAUCAAGUCUCUCCCUGAGUCCCUCGAGUUGGCGCCCAAUGCCACAGUCACCGACCUCUAUUCCGAACUCGCACGGCGAACGAACUAUUCGAUCCAUCGGUUACGCCUGACGAAAGGCUCCGAUGGAACUGUGCUUUCCAACAACAAGGACACCUCUAUUCAUUCCACCGGCCUCCGUGACCAGAGUACGGUCUAUGUUAAAGAUCUUGGUCCACAGGUUGCAUGGCGGACGGUCUUCCUCGUCGAGUAUCUUGGCCCGUUAUUGAUACACCCAUUGGUAUUCUCAUUGCGGCCGUACCUUUAUCCUUCGGCAGCAAAAGAUGCAUCUCAGAUCCAGACGCUGCUCUGCUGGCUAGUAUGCCUACAUUUUGUCAAGCGGGAAUUGGAGACCUUGUUCGUCCACCGGUUCUCUGCUGCGACAAUGCCACUUCGGAACAUAUUCAAGAACAGUUUCCACUACUGGAUUCUGUCAGGAGUGAUGGUGGCAGCCUUCAUAUAUUCGCCGUCUUCUGCAAGUGCACGAGAGGCCAACCCCCUACUGUUGUAUCCUGGCCUAGUUCUGUUCGCUCUCGGGGAAAUUGGAAACCUCCAAACGCAUCUGACUUUGAGGGGACUGAGAAGCUCCGGAAGCGCCGAGCGCGGCAUUCCGCAAGGCCCUUUAUUCCGCCUUGUUACCUGCCCGAACUAUCUGACGGAGACUAUCUCGUGGAUUGGGGUCUACUUGAUCAGCGGCCUUAGCUGGAGCGUCCUGAUAUUCCUGCUCGUGUCUGUGGCUCAGAUGGCACAGUGGGCCAAAAAGAAGGAGCGGAGGUACCGCCAGGACUUCGGAGACAAGUAUAAGAGAAAACGGUACACCAUGCUGCCAGGUAUCUGGUGA